UAUGACGUCACACGGAAUCCCUGGGUUUCACAAGCGAGUGGAGAGUGAACUCUAUAUCGGUAUCUUCGCACCAGCUUUUGUCUUUUUAUGUCUCUCUCCAAGUUCCCAGAUGUGAAUUAUGGCUGGUGUAUUCGACUUAGAACUCCAUGAAGGUGUCGGGGAUGAUGAGGAAAUCUCCGAAGAUGAGUUUUUCGCGGCUGAUGAAAAUUUUCAGGAACAAGGACCCCUAAGCCCGGAAGAUGAUCCGGAGAUGGAGACAGUUGAGCUGUCGGAGCAGACGGUCAACCCAGGUCAGCUUAAGGCAGGGCCAGCUGACUUUGAACUGCUCAAAGUCCUUGGUAAAGGGGGAUAUGGGAAGGUCUUCCAAGUGCGCAAAAUAUCAGGCCAAGAUGGAGGCAAGAUAUUUGCCAUGAAAGUUCUUAAAAAGGCUACGAUAGCCCGGAAUGCCAAGGACACAGCUCACACCAAGGCAGAGAGGAACAUCUUGGAAUGUGUGAAGCAUCCGUUCAUCGUAGAUCUGAUCUACGCCUUCCAGACAGGAGGCAAGCUGUAUCUCAUCCUGGAGUAUCUGCCUGGAGGGGAGCUCUUCAUGCAGCUGGAGCGGGAGGGGAUCUUCAUGGAGGACACGGCUUGCUUUUACCUUGCCGAGAUCACCCUUGCCAUUGAGCAUCUCCACUCCCAGGGUAUCAUAUACCGAGAUCUGAAACCCGAGAACAUUCUCCUUGACUCACAGGGCCACGUGAAGCUGACCGACUUUGGACUGUGUAAAGAAUCCAUCAACGAUGGGACCGUGACUCAUACCUUCUGUGGGACCAUUGAGUACAUGGCCCCCGAGAUCCUGACCCGCAGCGGUCACGGCAAGGCAGUGGACUGGUGGAGCCUUGGUGCCCUCAUGUACGACAUGUUGACUGGAGCGCCACCAUUCACGGCUGAAAACCGAAAGAAAACAAUUGACAAAAUCCUGAAAGCCAAGCUGAGCUUGCCUCCAUAUCUCACUAAUGAAGCCAGAGGUCUCAUCAAGAGGCUACUCAGGAAGUCUCCGUCGGAGAGACUGGGAGGAGGGGCUGAUGAUGCAAAUCCAAUCAAGUCUCAUGCCUUCUUUCGUCACAUUGACUGGUCUGAGCUGCUAGCAAGGAGGUUUGAGCCGCCAUUUAAACCCAAUGUGACUGGGGAUGAGGAUGUGAGUCAGUUUGACACCAAGUUCACCAAGCAGACCCCAGUCGAUUCCCCGGACGACUCAGUGCUCAGUGAGAGUGCCAACCAAGUCUUUCUUGGCUUCACUUAUGUAGCACCGUCAGUGCUCUACGAGAUGAACAAGCCGUGGAUAUCAGAGAAGGAACCGAGAUCCCCACGCAAAGUGAUGGCCUCCAAUCUACGAGGAGCCGUCAGUCCGUCGCAUCAGCAUAUCGUGGAGGGCUUUGCUAUUGGCCAGAUCGGCCAGGCCAACGGUCUCCACCACGACCGCCACCCGGAGGCCAUGGACACGUCAAGUCUACCUAAAAGGUCAAAGUCCCCUGCCAUUGCUACUAAAAACAGUGCUUUCAAAAAGCUAGCUUUUCCUGGAGCUCGAAAUAGGCCCCCACAUCUACAAAUGAAUUAAAUAGGCAGUCUUAGGUCAAUAUGCAAUAUGGAAAUUAAUUUAUUGAUGUGUUAAUUAUUGUAUUUAAUGUGAUCAGUAUUUUGAUGAAGAUUUUGUGCGUCUCUUGAACUGUUUAUCACAGUGAAUAUUGGAUUGUUUUCAUAGUACUGAUUUUUAAGGACUUAUUGUUGUCGUAGUAUUUACUUUUAGAUUAUGAUGAUGAUGAUGAUGAUGAUGAUGAUAAUGAUAUGAUUUUAGACAGUUCCUAUUUUUUUGGCCGAUUUUCAAAUGACAUGCGUACAACGAAACGGGACCAAGAGACAGAAGGGUGUAUAUCUAAGUGGACAGAUGCAAAUUUUCGUGUAUUUGAUCGUGGUCAUUGUUGCCUGUCUUCAUCAGCCUUUGAAAUUUGUGUUUUUAAGACGAGUCAAGAGGACUCGUGCAAACCGUACUUCAGGGGUUGGUAGCUAGUCCUGCUUGAACAAUACAACUAUGGUAGCUAUCUCAGCACUUUCUGUCAAUUUUGAACAGUUCCAAUUUGUAGAAAAAUUAAAGCAUUGCGAACUGUUUCAGAUUUAUGGACCUCACCUGCUGGUCAAUGACUACUAUAGUCCGUUUGGCUCAAAAGCGGACGGAUGAAUUGCAAUCUAACUCGAAAACUAAUAAACAUAAAAUACUCAAUGAAACGCUGUGUUCACUAUGUGUUACGAGGGAGGAGUGCAGAGGAAGGGGCAGCCAGGUGUUUGAGAAGCAUGUGCACAAGUGCCGACACAGUUAUUUCAUUCAUUAAGCUGUGCUGUGCCGUCUCCAUCCUUUCUCACACACCUGGCUGUCCCUUUCUUUGCACUCCUCCCUC